CGGGCGGGGAAGGGCAGGUCGGCCGGGCUGCCCACGCUCGCUCCCGAGGCGACUCGGCGUCGGGGCUGCGCGGGAGCGACCCGCUCGGGGAUGGACAGCGGCUCAGUGGCGGCCGAGCGACCGAAGCGCACACAGGGUCGCCAGCGGCUCCUGUCCUCCGGCUGCGGAGUUCCGGCGCGCCCCGGCAUCUCCACGCUGCCCAGCGGACGAAGCUGGCCGAGGCCUCGCGGACGGGCCGCCCGCGCGUCCCCGCUGCUGCUCCUCCUGCUCGUGCCCUCGCCGCGCCUGGCCACCACCGCCCGGCGUAGGACGCUGGUUGAGCGUUCACGCCCGGGGCUUGUCAUCCCCGCGGCCGCGCUCGGCGCCGGCUGGAACGCGCUGGGCCGUCUGCGGCUGGGUGCCCGGCGUGUGGCCGCGCUCGUGAGCAGUCGGAGAGAGCUAAGCCUGUCUGCUAAGUGCCAUCAGCUGGAGCAAAGAAAAGGGAACUUGCCCACCUCUGUGAGUCGGCAGCUCUACUUUGACACCCACGCUCUGGUGUGCUUACUUGAAGCAAAUGGGUUUACCAUUCAACAAGCAGAAAUCAUUGUGUCCGCGCUGGUCAAGAUUACAGAGACCAACAUGGACAUUGUCUACAAAGACAUGGUCAGCAAGAUGCAGCAGGAAAUCGCUCUUCAGCAAAUAAUAUCUAAGAUUGCUAACGUGAAAAAAGAUAUGAUUAUCUUGGAGAAGAGUGAGUUUUCAGCCCUCAGAGCAGAGAAUGAGAAAAUAAAACUUGAACUGCACCAGUUAAAGCAGCAAGUGAUGGAUGAAGUGACCAAAGUCCGGACAGAUACCAAAUUAAACUUCAAUCUAGAAAAAAGCAGAGUAAAAGAAUUGUACUCAUUGAACGAGAAGAAGAUGCUGGAACUGAGGACAGAAAUAGUGUCGCUGCAUGCCCAGCAAGACAGAGCCCUGACCCAGACAGACAGGAAAAUAGAGACUGAGGUGGCUGGCCUCAAGACUAUGCUGGAAGCACACAAGCUUGACACAAUCAAAUACUUAGCAGUUGCCGUGAUUCUAACUUGCACUGAAAGGUUUUCUUGACUACUGGGCACGUUUGCAUCCGGUUGCCAGUCGGAGACUUGUUCUUAAUAAACAGUGUUUCGAGGAUCCAGCCCAUCCAUCAGAAUGCUGUUUCCAGGUCCUGACUGAGAAAGGAAGACCAGCAUGCUUCCUCAGUAACCAGUGCCCCUCCUCACUCAGCCUCUAAGUGGCUUCUGACACCUGCUACAGCGCAAAAAGAAACUCCCCUCAGAGGCUAACAGUGCUCUCUUUUCUUACAGGGUCUGUGUUUACGUGCCUAACAGUAGCUCUGGGAUUUUAUCGCCUGUGGAUAUAAUAAAGUGUCUAUCUAUUUAAAGAAAUUCGAAUUGUUUUUGCCAUAAGAGUACCAGAUUGUUAUCCCACCCACCCAACUCCCACCCCCCCUUUUUUUUCUUGUUUCAAGUUUUAAUCCUAAUUUGACUUCAUGCAUAUUAUUUAUUUCUGUGCAAACUGUGGAUCCAUAACCAAGGUGAAAAAAGAUGGGAUUUCUGUAAUCAUUCUUCCAAGCAUCUCUGUUUAGUUGGCUUUUUGGCUGAGCAGUGUGGGUGGACCACACUUUCAAGACUCCUUUCAGGCAAACCAAUGGACUUAGUCUAACCUGCAGUAUUUGACAAAAACAAAUACUGUAUUCUCUACAGCUUUAAGUAGUUUGUAACGUGGAGAAUGUGGGAACAGAUUUUGAAAACAAGGUAGCUUUAAAUCUGAAGAAUCAUUAGAAUCAACCCAGAAUACCAGCCCUUCUGUGCCUUACCAACAGCCACUCCCCGCGCAGCUUUGCCUCUGCAGCAGCUGCAGGGUUAAUGGUGCAGGACUGUGGUACACCUUAGGGGCCUUUGUCUCUGGGUUCUCAUUGUCUUAGUAACAUUGUUAAUGUGCCUUGCAGCUGGAAGUCUGGGUACCUAAUGAAGCUUUGUGAUUUUAGCACAAGUUCUCUUACUGCUGCUAUGCCUGGGUUUCUGGUUUUGAGCCAGGGUCUUUUACCCAGGUUGGCUUUGAACUCACCGUCCCGCCUCAGCACUGCCGUGCCCAGCCUCUACCUUUCUGAAUGGUAGCCUUCCUUCCCCCUUCUUCCUCUUCCUUUCCUUCAUGAUGUAGGAGUUUAGCACCACACUCCUGGCAUUACCUACCUAGAAAACUUGUAAUUCUCGAACUGAAACCCUGCGUCAGUGCAUGGUUUGGCGUGAACUUCCCUCUGGUGUCACCUGCUUUUUUUAAGAUGACAUGCAGCACUUUGCUCCUGUGGGACAUCUAGAACAGUGUGCGCAGCUUUUAGAAUGAAUACACCUUCUCCUAUGAGCAUCUCAGGUUGUAGCUUGCCCAGUGAGAGAGUCCCUGUGCUUGGAGAGGGCCUUGUCAGCGUUGAUUUCUUUUGUGGUAGAAGACACCCCUACAGCCGCCUCAGCUCUCCAUUGGAAACGGAUCCUGGUACAGCUGCAGUCAUUUUGGAGAAGUGGAUUCUCCUCUCUUCUUUAAACUGCUGGCACUCGGAUGAGAGUGAGCAUUUGGGAAGCAGUGACACUUGGGGACCCUUCCUGGCUUGCCCCACACAGGCACAAACGCACAAGCUGGUGCACAGUGCAGAAACCACAAGAGACGGUGCUAUCGGAUUGGUGGAAUAGAUCAUCCCUUGUCACUGUUCCAACCACAUUGCUAAAAAUAAAAGCUACCUUUUGUUUCUUGGCUGUAAUUUCCAAGUUUGAGAAACCAUUAAGUUCUUGCCUCAUUAGAAAACAUUUGUGUAAAAAGAUUCUGAGCCCCACAUAUUAUGGAAAUCAAGUGCUUUUGUAUUAGAACAGUAUCACGGUGAAACAGAAGUUUAUCUUUUUCAAGAAGACAAAAAAAAAAAGUGACUGCUUGAUGUCAGAGAAAAGGGCUUAAUAAAGACCAACUCCUGGGAGGAAAAAGCACCAUGUGCAGUUAUGUUUUACAAUUUUGGCUAACCUGGGUAGGUUAAAAAUAGAGGAUACAUUUCCCCAUGUCCUGAUAAGUAUUCUUUAAGGAACACAUCCUUACGUCUGCUUGAAGUGGUCUACACCACUCUGGUCUCUGGGCUGUGUGUGAUUUUGCUCUAGUGUUCUUUGUAGCACCCUGGUCUUAUUUGACCUUAGAAACUGUUGUCACUGAGGGUAUGGAUGGUGUACAUAUCUGAAGUUUAGGAGAGUUCAGGACUCUGUCCCCAUUAUUUUCUAAUAAAGUUGGAAAGCAUUGAUCUGUUAAUGUACACACAUCCCCCUGCCGCUGCCUUAGACAUACAUGAAUGAUGAGGAUAGUGUGACCAAACACUGUACUGAACCCUGCUGAAGCUGAGGAGCUCUUAGGAAAUGCCUGGCAGGUUUCCAGGCAGCAGCCUUGAGUCCAGCCUGUGGGGACCUUGGCAGUAGCUGCAUGGGGGUAAGAGUCCAGUGGGCAGGGCUUCCUUCCCUGUCUUCAUUCCUAAAGGGUUCCUCUGUCUUCCUGCUAGGCGUUGUGUUUUCUGACCACCCCCACCACUUUUUUGUUUUCCUUGUGGUACUUGCUGGGGAUCAGACCCACAGGCACGAAUGUUCUGUCAUCCUGCCUCAGCCUCCCAAGUGCUGGGAUUAGAAGCAUUAGUACAGCAGGCUCCCUCUGGCUUUUUUUUUUCUUUUUUUUUUCUUUCUUUCUUUUUUUUUUUAAGAGCCUUAAACCCAGUUUCACUCCUUUCCUGCAUUCUUUUUGCAAAACCCCUUUGGGACUCUUUACUGGAGAUACUUGCUUUGAUUUCUGUAUUGCUUUUAGUCUCCUGGCUGCUUUUCUUGCUUAAUAUCUGGCAACUCGAUUUUCCCUUCAAGUAUGCCAAGCAAUUCAGUUAGCAAGUCACAGUUAAGAAGAAAGGCCUGACUCAAGGUGGAUGUCUUGCUGGAGUCUAUCUCUGAAUGCUUUAAGUACCAAGAUUCUGAGUACAGCAAGCCUGGGCCUGGGUGGGUCUGUCUGGUACCUUGGUACCAUCUUCCCUUAACUUUCCUUGUCCCUCCUUCCCAAGCCUUUCUGCCUGCUAAUUAACUGUGUCAAUGUCAAGCACUUUUCCUCCCCAUCCCCUGUGUGCCGCGUGCCAGGACUGGCAGACCCUACCCCAGAAAACUUGGGACUUCAAGGUGAUCAAAGUUGUUACAGCUUUUAUGGUAUGAAGGCAAAAAUGUGUUAACCAGGAAUAACUUAUUCUAUAUGUAUGUAAGAUCUUUGAGAAUGUUUACCCUGUUGAAAUAUCUUUUUACAGAUUUGUACUUAACAUUCCUUCAGUGAUAAUCCAGAUAAUCUUGUAAUCCUUUUAUAGCUUCAGCAAAUACUCAGUUGUGUUUUAUCAUUGUAUAGAGUGAAUAUAUUUUAUUAUCUAAGAUAACAGAUUUAUGUUUGUGUGGCUAAUGCACCUUUCUGGUGGUUCAGGUUGAAUGUGUGAAACUAGACUAUACCUUCCAUCUGGAACAACCAUAUUGAAACUGUUAAUUCUGUCCAUUGUAAAAUGGUACUAUUCUGUUGCCUCCAGUGAAUGACAAAUAAAUUUAAUACCUAAAAAAGAAAAUAUUUACAGAGAGAAUAUAUUUGAAAGUAAAUGUCUGAUUUUCAAAAUAAAUUUUAUUUGAAAGAA